AUGUGGCCUCAAAGCAAGUCGCAUCUCUUGCUCUCGCUGUUUUCCCCGAUCCUUUCUUCGGCCUUCUAUCUACCUGGUGUAGCUCCCACCUCCUACGACGUCGGGCAGAAAGUUCCACUUCAUGUCAACCAUCUUACGCCAACGGUGGCCCAGGAUGCCCAGGUUCACUCCGUCUUCUCUUACGACUACUACCACCCAUCAUUCCACUUCUGCAAGCCCAAGGAUGGGCCUAAGGAUGUCCGGGAGUCCCUAGGCAGUAUCAUUUUUGGUGAUCGCAUCCUCACCUCGCCCUUUGAGCUGCACAUGGCCAAGAACGAGUCCUGCAAGCUGCUCUGUCCGGAGGUCAAGUUUGACGGGCUCAGCAGCCAAUUCGUGAACCACAGAAUAUGGCAGGGCUAUAACAUCAACUGGCUCAUCGACGGCCUCCCCGCUGCCCAGAUAAACACCGAUGACCAAACAAACGAGCAGUUCUACAGUCCCGGUUUCCUCCUAGGUGAUAUUAACAGCGACGGCCAAUCGUUCCUUCACAACCACUACGAUAUUGAUAUCGAGUACCAUCGCGUUGCUGGGCUCGGGACCAAGGAGAAGUACCGUGUUGUUGGGGUUCUCGUCCACCCGUCGUCCAGGAAGACAAAGGUGUCGGGAGGCAAGGCCGAUUGCUCUGGCAAGGACAUUGUGCUUCUGGAUGGUACGGCGGAUACCUCUGUAGCUUGGACGUAUAGUGUCACUUGGCGUGAGUCUUCUACCGCUUGGGCAACUAGGUGGGAUAAAUAUCUACAUGUCUACGAUCCCAGUGUUCACUGGUACUGGCUUAUCUACUCCGCCGUCUUCGUCAUCUUGCUUGUUACUCUGGUGAGCAGCAUCUUGCUCCGGGCCUUACGCAAGGACAUUGCGCGGUACAACCGUCUGAGUAUGAUCAACAUGGAUGACUUCAAUGACAACGGUGACUCCGUGGAAGAAGGCAUACAGGAAGAUUCCGGUUGGAAGCUAGUCCAUGGUGAUGUGUUCCGCACUCCAAACCACCCACUUUUGCUCAGCUUGCUGGUAGGAAAUGGUGCUCAGCUCUUCGUCAUGACCGGCAUCACCGUUGUAUUUGCACUCUUUGGUCUCCUCUCACCCUCCAACAGAGGGUUUUUGGGAACUGUCAUUUUAAUAUUAUAUACUCUCCUUGGCUUCGUUGGUGGCUAUGUCGCCGCAAGAACGUACAAGUCAUUUGGGGGUGAAUCCUGGAAGCGAUUGAUUAUCCUCACCCCAGUACUCAUCCCAGUCAUCGCGUUCUCUACCUUCUUCUUGCUUAAUCUUUUUGUUUGGGCUAAAGGAUCCAGUGGUGCUGUUCCGUUUACCACUAUGCUUCUCACUGUCAUCAUCUGGUUUGUUAUCAGCGUGCCGCUUAGCGUUGCAGGCAGCUGGAUCGGACUCAAGCUACCCGGCUUCGAAGGACCUACCAGAACCAACCAGAUCCCUCGUCAGAUUCCUCCAGCAGUCUGGUCUCUCCGCCCUCUCCCAUCAACGCUGAUAACUGGCAUGCUCCCAUUCGCCACUAUUUUCGUGGAACUAUACUUCAUCAUGACUUCCCUUUGGACGAAUAAAAUCUAUUACAUGUUUGGAUUCCUCUUUCUGUGCUACGGACUUAUGAUUAUGACUUCUGCAACCACCACCAUACUCCUCGUCUACUUCUUGCUCUGUGCAGAAGACUACCGAUGGCACUGGAGGGCAUUCAUUGGGGCUGGUAUGACCGGCGGAUAUGUCUUCCUUAACGCGCUUAUCUUCUGGGCAACCCGCGUCAGUUUUGGCGGUGUGACUGGUGCUGUUCUAUAUCUAGGCUACUCUGCACUCUUGGCUUUCCUAGUCUUUGUAUUAACAGGCACCAUUGGUUUAUUUGCGAGCUGGGCCUUUGUCCAUAGGAUCUAUGGCUCCAUCAAGGUUGACUAA